AUGUCAACACCCACUAGAAAGACUAAAAAGCGACACUCCAGCGUAAAUGCUCCUUUCAAAUCUCCAUUAAAAAGGAUCAAUGAAAGUAACAAUUUCACUGAUCCUACUAUUAACAAUCAAAACAAUGAAAUUAAUGAACAACCAGAUGUUAUUGGAAGUCAAUUAAACAUAAAUGAUACUAAUAAACAAACUAGUUCAUUCCACACUGAGCUGCAACACCUUGGGAAAGAGAAUAUUCACAUUGCUAAAGUUAGCAUUGAUGAUGUGAACGACAACGAGGACAACGACGACUUGGAUGACAACAGUAAAAUAGAAAAUUGUAUUAACAAACUGUUAUCAAAGCGACCAAAUCAAAGUUAUAUUGAUUUAGAUUUGGAGUUAGCUAAAUGUCGUAAUCGUUUACAUGCUUACAAUGAGGCCAAAGAUUCAUGUGUAAUACUAUUUGGUCUGUUAGCAAACAAUCGAGGUUGUCUGGUCCGAGAAUUGUAUUCUGAAUUCGAUUUGAAUCUGGACGACUAG